AUGACAGUCCUUGUCCCACACUCGCACUGGCUCUUUCUGCUUGCCUCGAACAAGCGAACUCCGCACAACCUGGACGGUGUUAGAUAUGGUCUGCUGCCAGGACGACGCUUGACAGCGCUUGUCUUGCUAGCACGCACAAGACUGCAUCGAACGCAUGCAAAGAUCUCUACAUGCGGUCAAGCUAUCUGUGACGGAGAAAGGACCAUCGAGCGGAGCUGCAAUGGCUACUUUUACCCGGCCAGUGACGAUCGACGCGGAGCAUUCGAUCUGAACGUCACAGGCUACGAUCUGCCUUCUUCGUAA